UCAAAAUAAAACCGUAAACUAUCAGUAGUUUCCGAAAGUGCUAAAUCUGACCUAGAUAAGGACGGAAGCCUACAUGCAGUUCAUCGGGGGUUUUCUGGGCACAGCAUGAUUAAUCAAUCAUCUGUUGUGGUUUUUGUGGCAUCUUCAGAGGACGUGUAAAAAAAAAAAUGAAAAAAGUUUAAUAAACAUUUGGAUCACUGUAUCCUGUCUGAUGCACUGUCUCUGCUUAAUGUAAAAUGAAAGAAGGUCAAAGGGAUGUGGGAAACGGUUCUUCCAGAAACCCACACAUGUAUGACAGCAUUAAUCUGAGACAAUCACUGCUUGUGUUGCAUUAAUCCAAUCUCUUGCUGCAACACUGGACAUAAUUACUUCCUAAUUUAAGACAAAUUACUAAGAAAAGGUGCCUCCGACACUCUGAAGUAAGAGUGAUUUUUUUUUUAUUAGGCUUAAAACACUGUAUUGUUAUGUCAAAAGUUAUGCAAGAUGACUCCAGCUUGUCUUUAGGUAUAAUAUUAGUAAUCAAGUCUUCUUUUGAAUUUUACUUUGGAACCGAAGUCAACAUUCUCUGAAAUCUAUUAAUGAUCAUGAAGGGGUGUGUGUGUGUGCGUGUGACGUGCAAUCAACUCCAUCGCGGAGAUUACCUCAGCAUCACAUCCUCUACACACUAUAAGUAGACUGACUGAUCAGUGUAGAAGUUAUGAAGACCUGCAUCUCAGCAUCUAGACACCUCAAUAGAAACCAACAUGGACCCAAGCAUGAGGACUUUCUUGCUCUUGGCACUGACGCUUGUGGCCGUUAAUGGAUCAAAACCCAACGUGGAGAAAAUUCUCUUAAGGGAAAUUAUAGAGAGCGUGGAAAAGAUCCUAAAUAACAGUUCAGCGAAGAUUAACCAAUUUGUGGAAGACAUAUUUCCAAGCAGAAGCUGCUCAAAGGAAAACCUUUGCCAAGCAGAAAUGGUCCUGAAGAACACACAUCUAAACCAGACCAAGCUACACAGGAACCUGCGUGCCUAUGCCAAACACACCGGGCACCAUAACUGUAGCGUUCACGCUUCAGUCACACAUCCGAUGAAGGAAUUUCUCACAAAAAUCAAAAAAUGCUGCCAAUUUCAACUUAAUAACGCACAUGUGAACAUAAGACAUUAGACUUCUUAUUCUAUAUUUUUUGUAUUUGCUCAUAUUUAUGUCAUAUUUAUUGUAUUUAUGAAUAA